AUGGGGGUUAUUUUACCAGCAGGAACGAAACUAAAAUCUAUGCGCCGAAAGGUUGAAUUUCGGGAUUGUAGAAAGCAUCGAAAGGAAGAUUUCCACAAAGCUUUAGCAGAAGAAGAUUGGGAGAAUGUAUCGCAGUCCACGAAUGUAAAUGACGCUGUGAAUUGUCUUGAACGUAAGAUCAUGGAUCAUAUGAAUAAAUGUAUGCCCACAAAAACAGUCUCAAUUUCGUCAGGUGACCCUUACUGGAUGAGUCCUUUAAUUAAAUCUUUGCUAAAAUCUAAAUCCAGAAUUGCUCGGUCGCAAAAGGAUAGACUCAGUUUAAUUAACAAAAGGAUUUCUGAUGUCAUUUGUCAAAACAGAAGAAAUUUUAGGGCCUUGGUGGGAAGUAGAACUUGGUGGAGAAAGACGAAUGAUAUUUCUCAGCGAAAUGCAUCGUCAUCAAGAGUUACUUUAGAUAAUGCAUCACUUACAAGAUUAAAUCGCUACUUUGGCGAACUCUGCCACGAUGAUAGUUAUGUCGAACCGACGCUCUCAAUUAUUGGUGAUGAAGUAGAUAUUCCUAGCUUUACGGAACAGCAGGUAUGGAAUGCCUUGAAAAGAAUAAAGAGGACAGCAACAGGUCCCGAUUAUAUUCCCUAUUGGGUUUGGAAUGAUCAUGCGGAAAUUCUAACCGAAGUUAUAACUAACGUCUGGAAUUUGUCCCUUUCAUCACAUACUUGGCCAGAUUCAUGGAAAAGAGCGAAUAUUAACCCUCUUGCAAAGGUUGAUUUACCAAAGGAAGAUGGUGACUUUCGUGGAAUAAAUAUUACACCUGUAAUUGCGAGGACCUUCGAAAAGCUCGUUUAUAAUAGUCAGGUCAAGUCGCUUUGCACCGGGUUGCAAAGCCUAGUGCAAAUCUGUUUUUUCGCACUGUGGGGGCGUUGUACAAACGCUCUGUUAACUAUUCAGAACAAAGCACUCAGCUUCUUAGAUAGAGCGGACUGCAAAGCAGUUAGACUGUUUUCUAUGGAUUUUAGCAAGGCUUUCGACUCAGUGAAACAUUCACUCCUCUCGGAAAAGUUAAAAACUUUGCCACUUAACCCUUAUAUCAUAAAUUGGUAUUUAAAUUUUCUAAAAAAUAGAAAGCAAAGAGUCGUUUGUAACGAUUUUUGUGGAGAAUGGAUGGAUGUUAAUAAGGGUACAACACAGGGGAGCGUAAGUGGCCCCUACCUUUUUAAUAUUUUUCUAAAUAAUUUAGAGGUGGACAUAUACGGCGAGAACGCUCUUUUUAAAUAUGCGGACGAUUCAAACAUAAUAGUGCCAGUUUGGAGUGAGGGUCCUGAUACAUCAACAGAUACAGUUGGACAAUUCCUGAGCUGGUCUGAUGAUAAUUUUAUGACUUGUAACCCUGGUAAAUGUAAAGAGCUUAUCAUCCGGAAGAAGAGAUAUAAUGAUCAACUUGACAAUGUUUAUAAUAUACCCCAAUGCAAAGAACUUCCAUUUUAG